AUGGCUGCUUUCGCCCACCUCCCACGGCGCCUGACCAAACUGUACUCGGACACGAAGCAAGACAUCAACGCCGGUCAGGCGAAGCUGGAGAACGUGCCCGAGCUGAACGCUCUCCACCGCCGCUUCCGCAUCCAGAGAGAUCGCCUCAUCGCAUGGGGUCUCGAAUGGAGCGACAACAGCUCAACCGCAUCCCAGGGCAGCAUCGAUGAAUCUGUCGCCCAAGCUGGCCUGACCGAGACGGUCACGAGUGUUCUUGGCACCAUCCAAGAUAUCCUGGACGAAGCCGACCGCAUCAGAGAUUCAGGUGACCAGAGUCCUUCUGACACCAAAGACGGAAAGAGUUGGCCAAAAUCGUCUAGUUCGAAUAGCUGGACCCCUGCCGACAAGGCCCGCUAUGAAGACCUAGCUCGAGAUCUUACUACCUCAAUAGAUACGCUCUACGAUCUUUCCAGAGCAAGGAGAAUAUCGGCCUUUGGAGCCCCUUCCCAAGACACCAAACCACAUUUGGCCAAGUCCGAGUCCCUCCCGUCCACCCCAUUUAAGACGCCUUUCCUGGACGACGAGUACACCGAAUCAUCUCUCACUCUCGUCAGCCCGCCGACAGUCUCUAACUCAUCCACGAUUGAGACGGAGUCCAUUCCCAAGAUAGACCCAUCGUGUCUCAUUCUUCCUGAAGAAGAACCCCCGCCAUACGAGAGCAUAGGAGUUCCUUCGUGUACGCGCUUGAUCGGUCACUUCCGUCGAAGCCAGCCCUCAACCAACCCCUGGAGAUUCGAAUCUGGAGAUGUCGUGACCAUCCCUGUCCUUAUCGAGUAUGCAGGCUUCGACCCUGUCUACCGCAUGAACGAAAUUUCGCCACCUCUAGAACGUUUGGAGCAUCUUCUUGAUGUUCUUGCCCGAGGUGUUGGUCGCUUUGGAGAGGGUUCCGAAGCCCCUGCUUUUGGAACCCUAAAAUGUUUGGGCUACUUUGAGGACCCUAGUCAGCCCCGAUUCGGAUUCGUCUUCGAACUGCCAAGUUUUGUGUUCAACGGAAUCACUCGAUCACUGCGACCUGCAGAAUUCCAAGCAAUGCGCCCUGUUACCUUGUUAAGCGUGUUGCAGUCCAGCGCGAAGAACAACGUUGCUGUACCAAACAUUCCCGCUCUGGAAAAACGGUUCCGCAUAGCCCUAAACCUCGUGCUUUCGUUCAGCAAGCUACACGCCACCGGCUUCGUCCACAAAGAUGUCAAUAGCAGCAACAUUCUCCUCUUCCGGAAGCCAAAGGAAUCGGGUCAUACGGGAAGUCACAAACACCCGCAGUAUGAGCUGCAGUCGCCUUACGUUUGCUCCUUUGACCUGUUCUCCGAAUUCAACGUGGAAGUGCAGUCGAGCGGUUCCAACAUAUACCGCCAUCCCCACGACCCUAGAGCACAGACCCCAGCACAAUCAACUUAUGCUCCACACUUUGAUAUGUAUGGUCUCGCCCUGAUUCUUCUCGAGAUUGGCUUGUGGAUCCCCCUUUGCGACAUCUUCAAAGCAAAGUACACCCUUGCGGAUUUCAAGGUUCGCCUCGAGGAUAUAUGGAUCAGGAGAUUAGCUGGCAAAUGCGGCACAGCCUACAUGCAGGCGGUGCGAGAAUGCCUUUCGGCUGCAGACCGACACCUCUCGAGCACGGACACCAAGGCGGUCUAUGAUCGCGUAUUAGGACGACUCCACAGAUGCACUCUCCUGGACGAUGCAGACCCCUAUCCAUACGAUUUAGGGCACCAUUUGACAACUAGCCCUUCUCCUAGUCCCAGCCUCCUGAAGCGCGUGCACGACCAAGGGCUAGGCCUCAAGCGAGCGAAGCUCCAAAAACGGAACGUCGCACAAUUCGCCGAGCGGUUGACCCAUGAGCAUAGCAGACCAUUGCUUUCUCAAGGGGAAAUUGUAGAGGGGAACCCUGAACUUACCGCCUUCUUGUCUUUGGCUCAUGCUCAAGAGCCAGGAAUAGAGCGCGGUGGGGACAGCAUUGUUGUCAAGCACCACCAGAACGGCCACGACAUCGAUACCCACCCAAGAGAUGCAUUGGCGUCAUUGCAUGUGGACAAUGUGGUAAAUGCUGCAAAAACCAUCCAACGAGCCUGGCGAAGGUCUCGCGGCAAAAUGACUUUCAGGGAAUACAAGAAGAAAGUGGUCAUAAUUCAAACCCAUUGGCGAGAAAGGAAAGUCCGUUUGGCAUCUGCAUCUCGUCAGCAACAGCCGCAGAUGCUGCAUCGAGCCGUGACGGAUAUCUUCCCAGCUUCUGAGUCGAAUAUCAUCAUUGAUGAGAUGAGUGUGCAAACAUCCAUCAAAUUGAAGCAACAGAAGGCUGCGACAAAGCGGAAGCUACUUGUACAGCCGCUCUGGAGGCCGACGUCAAGCAUUGCAGCCGAGUGGGACGAAACUAUUCUUCCACGUCUGAUACGCAUCUGCGAGAGAGCACUCCGUGAUUCUCCAGAGAGCUCCAGCAUUGAUCUCUUCGGAAUUGGUCCGUCUCCUGCAGAGGCAAGACCUACUAUUGUCGUUACCUGUGCUAGCACGGCAAAGGUGAAGGCAGCAUUGGCGAAGAAGUUCAACUAUGAUCGUUCCGUCUUCGAUCUCAAGGUCCACAAAGGAAAGAUCAAGCGCUCGAAAUUGACGAGAUCAACUCGGAGGCGAAGAGCUCCAUGUAGAUCUAUGAUGGAUGAGGACGAGGUACCGGCGUUGAAUGGUUGUUUCCAGAAACGCCCAGUCUGCGGUGCGUCCAUCGGAGCAUACAAUGGGGAACAUCUGCCACCAGUGUCGUAUGGGGGAGUUGUCUUGGUCGAUGGAGAACCAUUUGGAAUGAGUGUCCACCACAUGUUGGAUGCUCCUAGUGAAGAUGAGAGUGAAUAUGGCGACGAGUACUCAGAUGUGGAAAGCGAAGACAUUUUGCGGUCCAGUGCGAGGGGUUCCAACUACAAUUGGACCUCGCAGAUCGGCUCGCAGCCUUUGUUACAGGAUCUACCGGACGUUCCGCAAGCUUUUGAAAUCUCAGAUGAUGAAGAUUUCGAUGACAGCGCUAGCAGUUAUACCUAUGACUCUGCUGAUGAGGCUUUUUCUGACUCCGAGAGUGAAGACACAUCGUCCGAACCCGGCGACAUCCCAGGCAUUGAGGCAGGCGACGGCGAAGAGAUUCUCAUCACUCAGCCCGCCAUCGACGACGUCGAAGAUGACUUUUUUCCUUGUGAAGAAGACCGCGACGAGGACCACCUCGAUUCACACGGGUUGGGUCACGUCCAUGCCUCAUCUGGGAUUCGGCGCUGGAACCGGAACGGUGUGAUCCACGAGAUCGACUGGUCUCUGCUCAAGUUGAAAGAUGAACGCCUGCAGCCGUACAAUCUUGUACAAGGGGGAAAGAGAUGGCAGUCCAAGCCCGAGGAAGAUGAAUACCCAAGCCAAGUUGCUAAGGCAGAAGACCUGGGUAGCCUUCAAGUUCACAGCCUCGGGCGGACAAGCGGCCUGAAAGGCGGCAUCAUUAGCCAUACAAUGACCGCCGUCAAAAUCCAUGGGCGCAAGUCCUACGCUCGAAGCUGGCACGUAAGCGGCGGGUUAGGUGUUGGCGGUGAUUCUGGCGCUUGGGUCAUCGACAAUGAGCAAGGCCGCAUCUGUGGUCACAUCCUUGCCUGGUGUGACAAAAACCAUGUCGCAUACAUUUGUCCCAUGCAGGUGCUUCUGGAAGACAUCAAACACACGCUGGGCGCGAAAAAGGUUCUCUUGCCGGGUCAGCAAGAGGAAGACGCUGAAUCGUUCACGUCCCAGGUCAAAGGAGGGUUUGACCUGCCCGAUAUCAAACAACUUAACAUUGGCGAUGUGGAUGGAGGGAUCAGGAGUCGUUUUAUGCAGAAUCCGAGCAGGAUUGAGGUCGUGCGGGGAAGAGCCGGGCAGAUGGCGUGA